GCAGUAGAUAUUCAAUUCCGCUUUUGAACUCUCGACUAGACAGAACUUCAUCGGAAUUUACAGAAUCCUUCUAACUUGUUGAAACUCGCCGAACAAUGACUCCCACCAAGACAAGCCAGGACGGCUCUCACCGUGACAGCUCAGUGGUUGCAUCUGUCUCAAAUAGCCCCCCAACACAGAUGCAUAUCAACAAAGGUUCCACCCUAACCCCCUCUGAUGGCUCAGGGGACUCGGCAGGGUGGUCAGCCACUGUGAAGACCCCAGCCUCCGGGACCACCAGAGCCACAGCCAGCCAGGCCAGGGGAGCAGGAGCAAAGACCACAGAUACACGUUACGCCAAAAAGAACAUCCCUACUGUCAGAUAUCAUCCAGAUAUCAUCCUAGAGAAGAACCCUGAGGCCCAUCAGCAUAGCCAUAGCCCUGUCAAGAGCAGCCAGGUCAGGGGUAAGCCUUUGGUCUCUCCCCCCAGGACCAACCAGGUUGGGGGGAGCUCCAUGGUCUCUCCCCCCAGGACCAACCAGGUUGGGGGGAGCUCUGUGGUCUCUCCCCCCAGGACCAACCAGGUUGGGGAGAGCUCCAUGGUCUCUCCCCCCAGGACCAACCAAGUUGGGGGGAGCUCCGUGGUCUCUCCCCCCAGGACCAACCAGGUUGGGGGGAGCUCCGUGGUCUCUCCCCCCAGGACCAACCAGGUUGGGGGGAGAUCCGUGGUCUCUCCCCCCAGGACCAACCAGGUUGGGGGGAGAUCCGUGGUCUCUCCCCCCAGGAUCAACCAGGUUGGGGGGAGCUCCAUGGUCUCUCCCCCCAGGACCAACCAGGUUGGGGGGAGCUCCGUGGUCUCUCCCCCCAGGCCCGAAGCCAUGCCUCUGGGGUUAGGUCAGAAGAUGGAGGGUGGAGUUGUGGAGGCGGUGGAGCUCCAGACCCGGGGCCAGAGAGAGAACCCCAGUUGGUUCGCCUGGCGUCGGAACCGCAUUACAGCGUCCAUCGCUCACAGCCUCGCCCACAGCCGCUUCGUCACUGGCCAGAGCCAGACCCCGCCUGCUUCCUAUCUGGCCGCCAUCACCGGUCGUGGCACCAACUUCAAAACCCGCGCCAUGAACUGGGGCAUUGAGCGGGAGGCCGAGGCCGUGCGGAGAUAUCAGAGCCUGAAGAGCAAGGCCCUGGGUCGGGCGGUGAGGGUGCAGGAGUGUGGCCUAUUCAUCGACCCCAAGCGCCCCUGGCUAGCAGGCAGCCCUGACGGCAUUGUAGAGGACCAGAUGACCGGCCAACGGCUGCUCUGCCUGGAGGUCAAGUGUCCCUACAAGCACCGUCUGAACACUGUAGCCCAUGCCUGUAGAGAGGACCCAGCCUUCUGCCUGACGAUACAGGACCUGGGCGUGGGACAGGUGAGGUACCAUCUGAAACCAGACCACACCUACUACACCCAGAUCCAGUGCCAGCUGGCGGUGACAGGGUUAACCCAGGCUGACCUAGUGGUGUUCACCCUGAAGGAAACAGCCAUCAUCCCUGUGACCUUUGAUCCUACGUUCUGGGACGACACGCUGGUCAAGCUGGAGAUGUUCUACACCGACGCUGUCCUGCCCUACGUCAGAGACAACGGACUGGACGUACCAGCCAUGAGGCCAGAGGAGUAGCUAGCACUUAACACACAGGGGGUGGCUAGCUGGUUCAGGAUGUCAGCUAUAGAAGUCCUGAGACAAACUGUAGUUUGUGGUGAAGGACUGGUCUGGGUAGGGUAGUUGGUAAAGGGCAAUUGAGGCUGCAUAGAUAAGUGGUGGAGGAACCUUCUGCUUUUGUCAGGUAGGCUUGGAGAUUUGAACCUAUCACUUUACUGUCGAAUAUUUGAAUGUAAAUAAACCAUGCCUGCCUGACGACA